AUGCGAUCAGCGGAGCACCUCAAAGCUCCAGAAUACGAAUUCAGAAAGGCGGACGUCGUCGGAGGGCGAGUGUAUCUGCACGAGGAGCGACUGAGGGAGGGUUGGGAAGAUAAUUCAGCCCACGUAUUCUAUCAGCUGAUACAAUUUUGUCACGGCGCGUGGGAUUCACCGUCUAAUCCUCGGCUCCUGCUCACUAUCACGACAGCCGCCAUAACUACGUCAAAGCAAACGCCACCGCCUUGGAAGGCGCUCAGCGAGGAUCCUUCUCGGCUCAUAGCCCCGGAAUGUCUUUUGGGUAGUCAACGUCGCUUCGGCGUAUCGCCGGAAAAGACACACGCGGAUACAAGGAACGCCUUCGUCAGGCAUUGGUUUCGAGCGGUGGGUUACCUCGAGUUCCAUCAUUACUUUGCCAGAGGAGGGAAGUUCCGCCAGCCUGAGAGCGAGCGUUGGCACGAUCUGGAUAAGUACGAUGAGGGUAUGACGCAAAAGUGGUUGUCGAAUGAACGAGAGCAGCGCGGAUCUCGCCCCGGCGCCGCCACCGACGAAGCUCAUGCGGCCCGCUUGAAAUUUGGCAGCAAGGGUCCCCGUAUAACGCUCCCACCGAACUCGCCGUAUGUCUUCCCAACGGCCUUGACCAACGAUGCAGUUCGACUGCUUCCCGACCCAGACGAUCGCUACUCCGGUGUACCCACGACGUACGUCCCCGGAGCCCCGUCUUGGCCCUCUCCGGCACUCAUUCCCAACACUACGUACGCGCGGUUACAAUGGGCAACACAAAUACUGGAUGAAACUGGAGGUCAUGCAGCCAUAACGUUACUUGAGGCCUUGAAAUGGCUGGCUCAAUUACCUCCGAUUGCAAACUACGAGUACGACAUGAAUUACUUCCGACCACAGGCCGGAAAAGAACGAACUUGGGUAGUUGAGGCUCUUCCAGGGUGGGUGUCCUGGAAACUCGACCGCACCUAUUUGCAGUCGCAGACAGAAAUCGACGAUCUCUCGAGUUUCCUUCGCGCACAGGCCUGGUCUUUCACACAUGAGGGGAAACGUCGCUUCGCAGGGGCUCAGAUGGCAUGGACUAUCGGGUUGGCUGCCGUUCUGUAUGUGCGAGCGCUUCGACACUCGGAGGAAGUCUGCGUGCGCCCCCCUAGUCGUUGGGCGCUAUCGGGUGGUGCGCCGUGGCAGCGGCGGGCGCGCUCGUACCAAUAUCCGCUUAAAGCGGAAGAGUUGAGAACAUUACUCCACUCCUUCAAGUGCUAUCUGGAAGAUCUGGGACUUUCGAUGCGUCCCAUCGGCCUCCCCCCUUCGCUAUUGUACUGCCAUCAUCGCUCAAGAGAAGACUACGUUCUCGCCCUUGUGGACGACAUUCCAGAUCUUAAAAAACUGGCAUUAUUGACGUUUGCUAUGCCUCUGGGCGAGCCGGAAAGCUAUCCUUCCCUCCCAUGUUUCGUUGGAAGACCCGUAUGGCAACUGCCUCAUCUGGGCAUCCCUCGAAGCGCCUUCAGAGACCAGAUGGAGUUACGCUUGUUGGAAGAAGCGAUGCAGGCCCCGAUACUAUUCGUACGAGAGGACGGCAGUCCACGGAGCGCAGAAGCCGGUCUCACCGCUGUCCUGGAGCUGUACAUGGCUCUGUCAGAACUUAAGAGACUGGCCAACGAGACCUCAGAGCCACCCGCGUAUCUGCGAAACUGGACAGCAGAUCAUUUCGAUGAAAUCAAAGUUCUCAUCCCAAGGGCGCUGUCCGCAUUUGCGCGUCACAGCGAACUGUUGAGUCGUGCGCUUCGUGCAACCGCGCAUGAACAGGAUCGCCCGCUUCCGGACCAGGAUACAGAGGCGCAGGCUGUACUCCGCGACGGCGAUAUAGAGUUUGACAUUGCCCUUCAACGACGAGAUGCAGAACAGGAUGCUUUACAAGCUCGGCUAGAGGCCAUUGCGAGGCAGGAAUUCGCAAAAAGAGAACAAAGGAAGGUCAACGCAGACUACAGACGAGACCAAAAUUCAGUCAACCUGGCUGUUCAUCACGCCGUACACCCUCGUAAGCCCCCCGAGCCCCCCUUGUCAAUCCCGGAGCUUUUGGAUGUCCAUAACGAGCUGGAGUACGUUCCGUCAGACCCUCCCGAGCUACCCGUUGUUAGCGGGAAGCCGCGACGGGUGGUUCGCACCAGCGCCGGUCGCCCCCGCGGUCUGGCGACGCAGCAGACGAGCUACAAGGCGCUGAAAGCCCCCCUUAUGCGCUCUACACAGGCAGAAGUGCCUGCCGUGUAUCCGGCCUCAUCGAAGCCUAAGGGGCAGACCGGAAGAACCCGCAGAAGGCAGCAAGAGGACGAGCCCCGUAUGCCCGUCAAAUACCGCCGAGUCUCGGACACUGCUUCGCGAACAGUUCCGGUUCAGGGAGGGGAUCUCUCUGCUAGCUUAGACGAUGAGGAAGACGACGUUCUUUUUCCUCUCUUGAUAUCGCGGAAUAGGGACGAACCGCCUUCGCUCCCGGGCGAAGACCCCUUCCUGCGAGCCGAGAGAGAAGCUUCGCGCUCGGUCGAAGAGCAGCGAUCACUCCCGGCGGCAGACGAUCCGAAUGUCUCGAAUGACGCGGCGGGAACCAGUUUUGGCACGAGUGGGCUCGCACCAUCGCGUCCCCGUGCGCGACGCAAGAACAAUAAAACACCGUCGCAGCCCGGGAUCAGCACGGCGUUCUCUCCAAGUUAA